AUGUCUAUCGACAAUAUAUUCAUCUGUGUCAUUAUAUCUUUGAUAUCUACCAAUGGAAUUGUGCAAGUGAAUUCCAUCACAGUAGAAGCUACCUACCCAACAAAUACCUACCCAACGUCUACCUACCCAACAACUACCUACCCGAGAACAACCUACCCAACAAUUACCUACCCGAGAACUACCUACCCGACAACUACUUACCCGAGAACUACCUACCCAACAACUGACUACACAAGAACUACCUACCCGACAACUACUUACCCGAGAACUUCCUACCCAACCACUGAAUACACAGGAGCUACCUACCCGACAACUACCUACCCAAGAACUACCUACCCAACAACUGACUACACAAGAACUACCUACCCGACAACUACCUACCCGACAACUACUUACCCGAGAACUUCCUACCCAACCACUGAAUACACAGGAGCUACCUACCCGACAACUACCUACCCAAGAACUACCUACCCAACAACUGACUACACAAGAACUACCUACCCGACAACUACUUACCCGAGAACUUCCUACCCAACCACUGAAUAUACAGGAGCUACCUACCCGACAACUACCUACCCAAGAACUACCUACCCAACAACUGACUACACAAGAACUACCUACCCAACAACUAGCUACCCGAGAACUACCUACCCAUCAACUUCCUACCCAAGAACCACCUACCCAACAACUACCUACCCGAGAACUACCUACCCAACAACUGACUACACAAGAACUACCUACCCGACAACUACCUACCCAAGAACUACCUACCCAACAACUAGCUACCCGAGAACUACCUACCCAUCAACUUCCUACCCAAGAACCACCUAUCCAACAUCUACCUACCCGACAACUACUUACCCGAGAACUACCUACCCAACAACUAACUACACAAGAACUACCUACCCAACAACUACCUACCCAAGAACUACCUAUCCAACAACUACCUACCCGAGAACUACCUACCCAACAACUACUUACCCGAGAACUACCUACCCAACAACUGACUACACAAGAACUACCUACCCAACAUUUACCUACCCAACAUCUACCUAUCCAACAACUACCUACCCGAGAACUACCUACCCAACAACUACCGACCCUACAACUACCUACUCAACAACAAUAACUGCUAGGCCUACUCCAACCGAAACAACCGUCACUCCACCUUGGUGGGUCUCUACAACAACUCCUUGGGAUGACACGACAACAGGACGUCCUUCAACUUCAAAUUCUACCACCAGUUGGCCAUCAACCACCGAGCCUAGUACUCCAUCUGAACCUGAUUAUCCACCUAAACCAGAUGCUGGAAUCGAAAUGAAUGUGUUCAUAAUCAAGGAUAAUCAAGAAGUGAAUUUUGUAGUGAAUCAUGAUAUUAUACUGCAUAAUAAUAAUGCUCGAAUGAAAAGUACUAUGAUGAAGAAGUUGUUGAAUCAAUUAAUCGAUUAG